CUUUAUACUUGCUGACACUUAAAAAUGUUGACAAACGAGCUAUCCAUUUCUUUUAUACCUGCAAGUCAGGUAUUGGCUGCUGCUAUAGUCCUGCCAUGUGUGGGCAUCGCGAGCGUUUUCGCGCGAAUUUAUCUUCGCUUGAGGCAUGAAAUAUCAGUCAAGACAGACGAUUGGUUGAUUGUGGCGGCAUUAGUGUUUGUGAUAGGAAUGGGCACUGUUCAGAUAUACGGUUGUGCUAAAAAGGCUUUGGGCUACCCAACCCCCACAUACUCUAGCGAUUCUGUAAUGACAGAGUUGACCGAGCUUUCAGAACCUCAAAGGACGGUGGAACUGGUGGACUGGAUCACCUGGGUGUUAAUGACCCCAGCGAACGGACUGAUCAAACUCAGCUCAAUUUUUCUCUACCGACGGAUCUUCGCGACUGGUCAGGAGAGGAUGUUUAAUAUUCUGAGCUGGGCAUUGAUUGGCAUUUGCGCCCUCUGGACGGUAGCCUUCUUCUUCGCUACCAUCUUUGGCUGCGGGCGACAUUUCGACUACCCGUGGGGACCGUUGGUGGAAAUUAGCAGCUGCAAUACCAAUGUCCGCUUGGAAGGAUUGAUGAUCUCUGACUUGAUCACUGAUCUUCUUGUCUGGAUACUCCCAGUGCCAAUGAUUUGGAGAACGCAGAUGAAGUUUGGCCGUAAGGUCGCAGCGACUGGGGUCCUGCUGUUGGCUACGAUAUCACUUGCAGCGGCAGUCGUUAGACUGAUAGUUCAAGAACAAAUUACCAAUGGCGGGUAUGCGGCACAUACUGACGUGGAUCAGACCUUGACGAUCCUGUUGUAUUGGAGUAUGCUGGAGUCAGGACUCGCAUUGAUCGCGUCUUGUCUGCCAACCAUGCGACUCCACACCACCUUGACCACAAUGGUGUCUCUCAUUUCACUUCGAUCAUGGUAUCCGUCAUCUAAGAAAACGGCAUCAUCGUUACCCUAUUGGCAUGGACUGUCCCCUGAUGAGAGCAAUCAGCGCAAGCAGUGGCAGUCCAACUCGCUAGGCUCCUCCCUAUAUCAAAAGAAGAGUCGAUCUUCUCAGUCACUUCCUCUGAUUCAACUUGACUUGGUGAGGAGGAGUCAAGAGCGUUAGAGCGAUAGGCGGGUAGGGAUCGGUGCGCCCACUAUUCCUGUAUCCAGUAUCUAUUCCUUUGCACACAUCUCAUGCGAGUCGAUAUUGAAUGCGUUUCAUACUAGCACAUAUAGGUUUAGUCUGCUGUAGCGACUUCUCAAGUAGACCUGGAUACCACACCAUCAACCACCUCUUGCUCUUUCCUUCUUCCCUGCGCUUCGUCCCCUC